AUGAUCGAUCAGCUACGAAAUCUGAGUGAGGACGAGGUGGUGGUGCCACGCGAGCUGGCUCGUCCGGCCGUCACUCUGCUGGAUGAACUUGGUAAAGGAGCUUUCGGCGUCGUCUACAAGGGUCUCAUGCGGGAGGGUGGAGGCAUUCCGGACUACCUGGUGGCAGUCAAGUCGCUGCAUGCCACCAGUUCGGCAUCAGACCGAUCUGAGCUCUUGGAAGAAGCUGCUGUGAUGGCCCAAUUUCGGCAUGAGAACGUGGUGCAACUGGUGGGGGUGGUGACUGUGGGCAAGCCGGUCCUGGUGGUGCUGGAGUUUUUAGAGUACGGCGCGCUCAAGUCGUACGUGGAGAAGAACGAUCUGCCCGAGGUCACCAAGGUCCUGUUUGCGGGCGACAUAGCCGCGGGCCUGCGCCACGUGAUCAGCAAGGGGUUUGUUCAUCGCGACGUGGCGGCACGCAACGUUCUGGUGUCCUCGACGAAGCGCUGCAAAAUUGCUGAUUUUGGCAUGGCACGCGAGAGUGAGUGCGAAGAUGAAGGCGGGGCUGCGUAUUACCGUUCGCGGGGCGGUCAACUGCCCGUGCGCUGGUCAUCUCCUGAAGCGUUGGACGAGCGCAAAUUUACAGAGAAGUCCGACGUGUGGAGCUUUGGCGUCACGCUGCACGAACUGUGGAACCGAGCACAGAUUCCCUACGGCGAUUGGCACAACCAGAGAGUCUGGGUGGAGAUUAGCGCUGGACAUCGGCUGGCUCAGCCGCUUGACUGCGACGAUGAAACCUACGCAAUGAUGCUGCGGUGUUGGCUCGUCGACCCUAGCGCGCGCCCCACGUUUGAGGAACUG